CUGUUUUCAAUUUUUAUACGUAUAUUUAUUUUUUCUCCCUUUAGAUUUGUUUCGAAAUCUUUUUGCAAAUUUAAACAUAAUUAGGCUGUUCACGAUAAGCUGGUUAUCGGGUUAUGUGGUUAUGUGAUUAAGUGAACAACAACAAAAUGCGGUAUGACAAAAUAACCAAAGUUGACCAACCUAGGCCCUUGUUUACAGAUUAUGUGGUUAUUUGCUUAUUUCCAGUGUUAGAAAGUCGUUGCAAUUUUACUAAAUGGCAGCACAAAAAAUAAAUAAAACUAAGCGAAUGGCAUUUCCAUUUAGAUUUUCUUAUUGGAAAAUCUGCUAUUAACAGCUGUUUUUUGUUUACAAUCAGCAAAUUAAAAUCAGAAUAAAAAGCAUCCAAAAGCAUCAACAUUAAUCAAAAAUCUGCAAAAAUCAACGAAAAUCAACAAAAAUCAUCAAAUGUCUACAGAAAUACGAAAGCGCCGGCGAGAAACGGAGGUGAAAAAAUGGACGGAAGCCGAAAUCAAAGCCGUGCUGUCCUAUAUGCAGGAUCACCGAAACGUCGAGAAACCAACAGCGAAAAUUUACUAUAGUAAGUUGCUUGCAGUGACAAAAAUUGAAGCAACGUGCAACAUCUUAAAAUGUAAGAUUCGCUAUUUAAAAAGCCAAAUGAAGUCGGCAGAACACUGGCUAAAUUCCACGGGCGCUGGAGUAGAGGAUGGCGAUGUGGAGCUGACUGUGAUGGAUAAAGUGCUUAAAAGUUGUCCGCAUUACAAACAAUUAGCGGACAUUUUUGCUACGGAGAGGGAAGCUGAGGUGGUGGUAAUGAGUUCCUCUGCAAUGGAACUCGACUCUAUUGAAAAUGUUGUGCAUGAUUUGGAAGAGCCCGAACCCGAAGCGGAGGAAGAAAAUGACACAUCUCUAUUGGCAUCUGGCUCAUCUGCGGCCAGCCCGUUUGUAAAAAAAAUUAAGGCCAAACAUCAACACACUGCCAUUGACAAACUGGCAACAUUAGAAGCUGAAAGAAUGAGCUUUCGGGAAAAACAGCUUCAAUUUGAAAUAGAAAAAUUCAAUUGGAUGAAGCAAGUUGAAGCAAACAAACUGGAAAAUGAAAAGAAGAAGAUCGAAAACGAUUUCGAACUCAAAAAAAUGGAGUUGGAGCAGAAUGAAAGAAUAAGGAAAUUAGAAAUUGAAAUGAAGUAUAAAAAUAAUAAUAUAAACAACCAAUAAACAAAUAAAUACUUUUUUUACUUGUUAUUAAAA